GGACACCAAGCAGCCAGAGCUGUAGCAGAGCUGAAAGAUGGAGAAGAGCUUUGCCUCUGGAGAAUUGGAUCCUCUAACUGCUGUGGCCUUGGCUUGGAGGAGUCUGCAAGAAGCCAAAGCAGUGCUACAAAGGAUUGAAAACAAAUUUUAUCAUCAAACGUGGAGUUGUGCCAAAUCACAGGCAGCCAGAAGAAAGCUUUGGCACAAAAAGAGCUUUGAUGGUGAGAGGAACAAAGAUGAAACAGCUUUGAGUGAGAAAGAGAGCAGUGAGAGUCCUCCAGCCCACAGGAAGGGAAGCUGUGCUGUUCUCUCCUCUGCUUGCCCACAGCCCUGUUGGCCUGAGAGCCCUGCUGUGAUCUCUGACCCCUCCAGAAUGACCCUUCUGUCCCCCAGGGCAGUCUCAGGACCUUGCAGCCCUGCCUGGAACUGGGCUGUGGAUGGUGAAAGCUCAGCUGGGAUGUGGGUCCCUGCAAAGAACCUGAACAGACCAAGGAGGGACAAUUUCAGGGAGCAGGGAGGUUCAAGAGGUCACACAGUGCAGAAGGAAAAAUUUCCCUGUUCCCUGCAUCACCCACCUCACCCCCAUGCAGGGAGCAGCUCAUUCUCUGUCCCAUGGGGCAGCAGCACUCCUGUACCUCCAGCUCUCCUGCUCCCCACAUCCCACCUUGCAGCAGCCAGCAAGGCCAGAGAUCAGAAGCAAGAAGGACUGUGGAUAAAAUCACCCCAAAAUAAGUUAGAGCAACUCAAGAGGAAGAUCCAGGAGCAAAAGAGAAAGCAGCAUGCAGCACCUCGGGGGCAAGAGCGCCUGAUUUCUGCUAAAGAGCCCUCACCAAGGAGAGCUCUGAAAAGAAAGGUGUGCAGAGUGGCCUCUGCUCCUCCUGCUCCAGCUCACAGAGAUCAAAGAGAGAGAAGCUCAGCGUGGAGAAUUCAAACAGAACACCAGAGACAGCCUUCACCCAAGUCCUCUGCUCUGGAGAAAGCAGUGGCAGGGAAAGGUGUGAAUCUKCCUGGUGUUUCUGCGUGGAGAGAAGGUCAGAAGUUGGCCAGAAGGCUGCUGGGYCCACCCCCUCCAUUUCCACAUUUGAGGAGCAGAACUGGAGAGCAGAGCACAGCAAAGACCUUCGGUACAGCUGCCCCUCUACAGCACUGGCUGUUUUGGCAAACAAACAAAAAUGGGGUUUAUUAAACCUGGUUGAAA